AUGGAUCCGCUAAGCAUCACCACCAGCGUCCUUGCCCUGGCGAACGCCGUCUUCAAAGCCACCGUGCUCAUCAUAGACACCGUGGGGAUUAUCGCAAUGCGCCGCAGACUAUGGGUGAUGAUGCCGAUGAGGCAAAACAACGGAGGUCGCCUUGAGGGUAGUCAAAGGAUCAUUCGAGCGGAACCCCACGCGAUCGCCCGGAAGACGUCUUUUCCCUCGCCGUCAAGGGAUGUCAUACCACCGUCAUGUGCAUCAGGAAGGAACACUGAAUUUGCGUUUACUGAUAAGACCCAAGGCAUUCACUGUAAGAAACCAGAGCUUGUCUCAACCAGAACCGACAAACUCUUCAUCUAUACAAGUCAUUAUCGGCGACAUGCUACAGCGGCUCAAGCGCAAGCAGAGACUAAUACGACGGAUACAUCAGGACAGGAGAGCUCGGUAGGGCAACAGCGCCGCCUCUACCGCAUUACCUACUCCCACCAAUUUACCAUGACAAGUGCAGAUGUUGGAAAUGUUGUCAAAGGCGCGGAUAUGGGGGGGAAUGGAGGGUAUUGA